AUGAUUAUAUUAUAAAUAAUAAUAGACUUAAUGUUGACAUUAAUCGGCAAUUAUGUCAAAAUCAAUGCGAAAGAGAGUCACUAAUCAUACAAAUGAUACAAAUGUUAAACAAAAAGACAAAAUCAGAGACAAAGCCAAACCUUCUUCGUUAAUGUCAUUCAAUUCAUUGAUAUUAAUAUUAUCUAUAUUUGUGGUCAUCAUUGGUACAUAUUUUGCAAACAAGUGGUAUUUAAAUAAUAAGACAUUAACACCUUUGGACACAAAUAUAUCACUUAAUGUCAUAAUGAAUGGCAACAAAUGGGGAACAUUAAGAAGUGGUCAUUAUUUUGGACUCAAGACAUGUGAUCCCCAAUCAAUAGUCACUGGAAUGAUGUGGUUUUGGAACCGUAUUGAAGGAAAUACAUUACCGGUUAGGCAUUGGUGUGACCAAAAUGAUAGGCUUUCCCGAUAUGGAUGGCUUAGACACGACUUUUUCUCAUUUGGUGUCCAAGAGAUUGUUGAUAACAAUAUAAUAUUUGAGACGAGUUUUAUUAAAUUAGAUAAUAAUAGUUGGAGAGCUAGAGUUGUGGCAAAACCCAAAUAUUCUGAACAAUCAAUGUCUUCCAUGUCUUCAUCGGUUCCCAUUUCACUCAUAUUUUAUUUGGCUACUGAACGACCUGAAGAUAAGCUUCAAGUGAUACCAUUUAACGCUGAAUUAAAACCAAACGUUAAUUUUAUUGUCGAAGGCUUUUCACAAAAUAUCGGAAACUUUAAGUUUUCUUUAGGAAUCACCAAAAAUAAGACAAAUGUUUUGUUUAGAAGUUAUUUAAAUACUAUAUCAAACCCACCGCUUGUAUAUCUGAAAGAAAGUCUUCUGAAAAAUUUGGUUCUCUAUGAUAUCAAUGAUAUCGCAAGGAAUCCAUUAUUUGUAGUAAAUGGUGACUCAUUUGAUAAAAGGGAUCAAAUAAGUAGAGCUAACUUUGUUGCCCAUCAAAUUGUAUUUUCAUCUGCUGUUGAAUUGGACAUUGAGUUUAUUUCAAUGUCAACAGAUUUAUCAAAUAAACCGUCGUUUUCAUUGUCAUCUGAAGAUUACAAUAACGAAUUAUCUAAAAGAAGUGAAAAGUUUGACCAAAAGUUUGAAUCAAAGUUUAGAUUAGAGGCAAAAAAUUUUAGUCAUCACGAGAUUUCAUUUGCAAAAGCAGUUGUUAGUAAUGUUUUAGGAAGUAUUGGAUAUUUUAAUGGCUACUCAUCGGUACAAUCCGAUGAAAAAGUGGUUCUUUACGGUCCCCUUCAGUUGUUAACUGGAGUGCCGUCCCGUUCUUUCUUUCCCCGAGGAUUUUUAUGGGACGAAGGGUUUCAUCAACUUUUAAUUAGUGAAUGGGAUCAACAAUUAUCUGAAAUUAUAAUUGAAAGUUGGCUCAGCCUUAUGAAUGGUGAGGGAUGGAUACCAAGGGAAGUGAUUUUAGGCGAUGAAGCAAAAGCUAGAGUUCCUCAAGAGUUUAUAGUACAGAAAACUAGUAAUGCCAAUCCUCCCGCUUUAUUUUUAUCCAUUGAAAAAAUGCUAAAUAAUGGAAAUGUAAAUAAAAAUUGGUUAAAUAGGAUUUUUCCGCGACUUAAUCUCUGGUAUAACUGGUAUAAUAGUUCACAAACGGGUCAUAUCUUUAGUACUUAUCGCUGGAGAGGAAGAGAUUAUGAAACUCGAAAGGAAUUAAAUCCAAAAACACUUACAUCAGGUUUUGAUGAUUAUCCGCGCUCUACACAUCCAAGUGAUGAAGAAAUACACAUAGAUUUGAGAUCAUGGGUUGCAUAUUCUUCACGAGUUAUGGCAAGAAUUGCCAAAUUGGUCGACAGUUCUUUUGCACAUCAAUUUGAAGAGACAAGAGAUUAUUUAAGUGAUAACCAAUUGUUGGAUUCAUUGCAUUGGUCUGACAAACAUAAUAUGUAUUGCGAUAAAGGAUUUCAUUCAACUCAAGUGAAAUUAAUAAAAAUUAGAAACAAAUCGGACAAUGGGUUUGAAAAACAAAGAAAAGUAAUCACUGAACCCAGUUAUGACUUCAUCCCAGAGUUAGGCUAUGUCUCACUCUUUCCAUUUGUGUUGACUAUAAUUGAUGCCAAAAAUCCUAAAUUAGUUAAAAUUUUGGACGAUUUAGAAAAUCCAAAAUUAUUAUGGAGUUCCUAUGGGAUCCGUUCGUUAUCUAAAAGUUCAUUAUACUAUCAACAAUAUAAUACAGAAGUUGAUCCACCAUAUUGGAGGGGACCUGUUUGGAUUAACAUCAACUAUUUAAUCCUCAAAUCUCUUCAUCACUACUCAUCAGUUACCGGUCCCUACCAGAGUCGAGCCCUUUCUAUUUAUCAACGUUUGAGACAAAACAUCGUUUCUACAGUUUUUACAGAAUAUGUUAGAAGUGGUUAUGUUUGGGAACAAUAUAAUGAUAUGACCGGUAAAGGAAAGGGCUCUCAUCCUUUUACCGGUUGGUCCGCUCUCGUUGUCUUAAUAAUGGCAGAAAAAUAUUAAAUUAUUUUUGUUAAUUAUUUUUAUUCAAUAAACUAUUU